CCUGAAAUAAAAAAUAAAAUUGAUAAAAUGUAACAUGUCAUUUUUAUUACUUGAACACUUCCCUACUUCCUCCUAACCUAAAGAAUGUGUAUAUCAGUAAACAGUUGAUAAAACAGGUAUUAUUUAUAAACAGACAACAACCACAUCAACCAGGUAUAAUAUAUGGCAGCUUCAAUCUGAUGCACACUUUAAUAUCUUGAUAAACCAGCACACUGAAUAACUAAAGCAUCCCACCGUGCAUUACAUACAGGGGACAAACUUCACAAUACUUCCUCGAUUGUUCCUCCCUGACAUUCUCUACAGUACAACCUACCUACUCCCUCUUGUGCCUAUCCACCUCUUCUACCUGUAUGAUGUCAGUUAACUUUUACAUGACAUACACAUUUACAAUAUAUGCCUGCCACCAAGAUAAUUACUGUACAACACUUGCUUAAUAGAUAUUAACACCUAUCACUGCAAAGCUGUUCAUUCCUUCCUUCUGAUACUCUUCACAAGUGGUCUCUCUCUCUCUCUCUCUCUCUCUGGAUGGUCCAAGGGAAGAGUUACAACUAUUUCCCCACCACUAAUAUAGUACAAAGCCAUCCCAUCCUCCCUCACACUGUCAGUACUUGAACAGACACUUUCCUCUGGUUCUCUUUAACAUAUCAAGAUGACAGGGGAAUAAGAUAAUAUGGCAAAUUGGAGAAUAAGAUCACAAUGACGAAUAUGAUGAUACAAUGACAUGGCAAAUAGAAGAUGACAUGACAAAUAGGAGAAUAAAAUGAUUUGGCAAAUAGAAGAAUAAGAUGAUAUGACGCACAGGUGGUGAUUACGAUGACAUGACAAAUAGUACGAGAAUAUAGUGAACCGUGUAAAAUAGUAGGAGCUUCAGGUAAAGGAAAUAUGCUAGUUGUGAGAAUGGAAGGACAAUGCAAUGAGUGAGAGAGAAGCAAAAGUAAAACUGCAAUAAAGAAGACACGGGGGAGGGACUCGAAAUAACGUGAAAAGAUUAUUAUUAAUUGUAAAGAUAGACGGAUACGGAAAUGGAUGAAUGAAGGAGAAAAGAAAAGAAGGGGUUCGAUAAAGAAAAACAAAAAAAAUGAAAACAAAAUGAGAAAAGAAUUUUGAAAUACAGAUGAACAGACACCGCCAUUCCUGUUUGUUGCUAUCAUCGUUCGUCUGUUUGUUUGUUUAUCACCAUCAUUUGUCGGUUUGUUCGUUUAUUGCCAUCGUUGGUCUGUUUGUCAGUUUAUCCUUGCCGUUGUCAGUUUGUCCUUGCCGUUUGUCAGUUUGUCUUUGCCGUUUGUCAGUUUGUCCUUGCUGUUUGUCAGUUUGUCCUUGCUGUUUGUCAGUUUGCCAGUUUGUCUUUGCCGUUUGUCAGUUUGUCCUUGCUGUUUGUCAGUUUGUCCUUGCCGUUUGUCAGUUUGUCCUUGCCGUUUGUCAGUUCGUCCUUAACGUUUGUCAGUUUGUCAUUGCCGUCCAAGGCUCCAAGGCUCCAAGGCUCCUGAGCUCCAAGAUUCCAAUUAAGGUUCCUGAGCUCCAAGUCAAGUCCCCAGGGCUCCUGGGCUCCAAGGCACGGCGCCUCAGUCGUCACUCAGGGACGGGCGGGGAAGGAGUGCACUGCAGUCUGUCACCCAGUCCUGCACGUCGCGGCCUGCGGGAAAGGCUGCGCUGCACAGGAAGGGCACGGCGCGCACCACCCUCAAGGCCAGCCACCGUGGGUCUGCCGCCCCCCGCCGGGCGUCCCGCUGGCGCAGGUGUUCGUCCAGAGCCCGCAGCUCGGCGAGGCCAAUCGCGCCUCGCCUCGCUGCGGCCUCGCGUCACCGCGUGGCGAAGUCGUAGAAUCGAAUCAGCGCCAUGGAUCGUUCCAGCAAAUAAACUGAAAAACACAGCUUCACACCAGUCCAAAGCCAACCCACUAUUCCCCUUCCCUUCGAGCCCAAGCCACCGCGAUUACAGAACACCGGAAGGAUGGCAGGGACGCUAAACUUUCCCUUCCCAUGACAGCCUAUCCAAUCUCUCGCCCUGCCCAGGACAGACAUGAAGCAGGAUACAGGUCUUCUCCGAACCCAGAAACGAAGGGAGAAUGAAGGGAGAGGGAACCAUGCCAGCUAUGGAGGGACGGAACAGGAUGGUGGGAUGGAACAGGGCAGUGAGAUGAAGGUAGAAACAUCAGUGACAGAAGCAACAUUGGACACACAGGAGGAGCGACAGCAGUGGUCAACCCCUACUGAGUUCCUCCUUGCCUGCAUCACCACGUCUGUUGGCCUGGGCAAUGUCUGGAGGUUCCCCACGACUGCCUUUGAGAAUGGUGGGGGCGCCUUCCUCAUCCCCUACCUGCUGGUCCUCCUUUUCAUUGGCAGGCCGCUCUAUUUCCUGGAGCUGGUGAUGGGGCAGUUCUCCUCGUCUGGCAGUGUGGAGGUGUGGAGGAUGGUGCCUGCCAUGAAAGGUAUUGGCUAUGGUCAGAUCAUCGCAGCCUGGUCUGUGGUCACCUACUUUUCCUACUUGAUGGGGCUUACUGUGUUCUACCUGAUUGUGUCCUUCUCUGAGGUGCUUCCCUGGUCUGUGUGUGAUGAGGCAUGGGCAGAUGAGAACUGUGUGGAUGCCAGCUUCAACUACACAAGUAACAGCUCUGCAAGUUACCAGUCUUCGUCAGAGCAGUAUUAUUUUAACUUCGUGCUGCACUUCAAGGCAGACAUAAGUGACGGCAUUGGUCUCCCUGACUGGAGGAUGACGCUGUGUCUCCUCUUUUCCUGGUCGGUGAUCUUUCUCUCACUAGGCUGGGGUGUCAAGUCCAUUGGGAAGGUGGUAUACUUCACGGCGCUGUUCCCCUACGUGGUGCUGGUGACGCUACUGGUGCGGGGUGCCAUGCUGCCGGGUGCCACCACUGGGAUGCUCUACUACAUCUUCCCCCAGUGGAGGCGUCUCCUUGACCCUGGUGUGUGGUAUGCAGCAGUCACUCAGGCCUUCUUCAGUCUCUCCACAGGGUUUGGUGUCAUUUGUCACUUGGCAUCUUAUAAUAACUUCUUCCAUGAUGUCUACAGGGAUGCAUGGAUUAUCAGCAUGGCAGACACCCUCACCUCACUCCUUGCUGGGUUCACCAUCUUCUCCAUCCUCGGUAACCUCGCCUUCCAACUGGACACUAAUAUAGAACAUGUGGUGCGCAGUGGCAGUGGUCUUGCCUUUGUGUCCUACCCAGAGGUCCUCGCUAAGUUUGAGUGGGUCCCUCAGCUGUUCUCUGUGCUGUUCUUCCUGAUGAUGUUCACCCUGUGUGUCGGCUCCAUUCAGAACCUCACCGGCUCCAUCAUCACCAUCAUCACCGACCAGUACCCAGCUAAAAGCAAGUUUGCCAUAACCUUUGGCAUCUGUGCUGCCAACUUCCUCUUCAGCCUCACCUAUGCUACACCCGGUGGCCAGUGGAUCUUUACUCUAGUGGAUUACUUUGGUGGCAGUUUCAUCAUCUUCAUCCUGGCCAUCUUUGAGACAGUGGCAAUCACUGUUGUCUAUGGCCUCAAGAAUGUGCUGCGGGAUGUCAAGUUCAUGCUCAACAAGGAUCUGGGCAUCUACUGGAGGUUCUCCUGGUACUUCUGUCCUGUGGCACUGCUGGCUAUCCUCAUCUACAACAUGCUGUACCUGUGUCUGCCCACGCUGGAGGGGAAGCCUCUCCCUGAAGCUGCCUAUGCCUGUGGGUGGACCUUAGCUGCUGUUGCUAUCAGUAUGGUCCCAGUAUGCCUCAUAACCACACUCUACCAGGCAAAAGGAGAGACUUUCAUUGAGAGACUGAGGAGCAUAUUCAGGCCUGCAGAGAACUGGGGGCCCAGGAAGGAGGUCCACAGGAGGGAGUGGGAGAAGCUGCAGUGUGAGGAGAAACAAAGGAAAUGACACAUCAGGGAACUGCUUGUGGGGGACAGAAAUGAGGAAAGUGGACAAAAAAUGGACCAAAAAUACUCAUGAAUCAUAAAGGACAGAUAUGAAGAGUGACAAAGGAGAGAAAAAAUUAUUCAUGACUCAGGAGGGAAAGUGAAAGUAAUAUAGAAUGAAUGUGAGGGAAAAUAAUGAGAAAAGUGACAAGAAAUAAGUGUUGGAGGAAACAGAGAAUAAACCAGAGGAGAGAAAUGAAGUGAUAUAGAAUGAAAGUGAGAUAAAUGAGAGAAGUGAUAAGAAAUAAAGUGUGGAAGGAAACAGAGAACAAAUCAGAGGAGAGAAAUAGAGUGAUCCAGAAAAAGAGAAGUGAAAAAAAGUGAGUGUCAGAAAACAGGAUAAAUCAAGGAGACACACUAAAAGGAUACAGAAUGAGUGUAAGGAGGAAAGACAAAAGACAUGAUAAGAAAUGAGUAUGGGAAAACAUCACAGUAUAAACCAGAGGAGAGAGAAAAACAAUAUAAAUAGAUAAGACAAAUGAUACUGAGAGAACCAGAAACCAAUUAAAAGCAUGGAGAAAAACCAGUUGAGGGAAGAAGAUGAAGAGGAAGACAGAGUGAGAUGGAGGGAUAGAAUUACGGUAAAACUGCAAAAGAUGGGAGUCACUGAGGAAGAUGCAAAGGACAGAAACAGCUGAAGGAGACUCAUACAUGGGGCUAAACCUUGAUUCAGGGGAAACAGCAAAAGAAGAUACUGAGAGGCCAUCUGAAGGCUAUUAAACUCUUGAAAGUAUCCCUUUGAAAGCAUCCACACUAACUUACAGCAACACAGUAUUCAGUUCAGUGCACAACAGUCUACCAUGCAUGAAGACUAGUGAAUGAGAGGUAUAGCCAAUGCAUCCCAGGUUCAGAUCAAUUUCUCAGUGCUUUCAAGACACUCCAAAACUGGACUGACUGAGAAAACACCCCAUGCACACUUAAUUAACUGGCUGUCAUAGUAGUUCAUUGGUAUUCAGGCUAAUACCACACCAAGGUUACUGCUGUCUCAUCUAUACAGAUCUGUCUAUGAAAAACAAUCUAACCUAGCUUAAUAUUCAUUGGUCUAAUGUCACCAAUCAAUAUGCAAUGGCCAGCAUCUGUGUCUGAUGUGAUAUAUAUAUAUAGUCAAGAUCACUGGCCUUGUAUUCCAGCCCACCACACCAAAAGUGAUCUCACCUCCCCAUCUUGAUUUGUGCCUGACAUAAUACACUAGUGCAAAGAUUGUGGUAUGCAGGACUCCCUCUCCUCUGCUGCCUUACAUGUGGGCUGAGGGAGAGCAUGUGUUGGCUUAUGCAUGGGGCUCCCUCUCUUCCUCCCCCUCCUUGCCUCCUCACCCUCUCUCAUGCUGUUACCUUGUUCUCUCAUACCAGACAUCCAAUCUUCUUCCCUUUAUUUUCUCAUAUUCUUUCCUCAUUCUCUUUUCUUAUCCAUGUUGUCUUUUCUCUCCCCUUCCUUCACCUCAUCAUCUUUCUCUUACCUUGUCAUCUACCUCCCUCUAAUGACAGAUAAUCUUUCUUCUUCCCUUUUAUCUCCUUAUCUAUGGUGCCCUCUUUCUUUCCUUAUUUUCUUUCCUUAUCUGUCUUAUCUCUACUCUUUCCUCCUUUCACCUACUCUCCUUUUCCUUUCCUCCUCUCACCUCAUCUUCCCUUCAUUUCCUCUUAUCCAUGAUGCUGUCUUCCUCCUCAUCUCUUUCCUUAUUUAUCUCCUCACCUUGCCUCCCUUCAUCUAUCACCUCUUUCCUUUUAUCUCCUUUUAUCCAUGAUGCUAUCCUCUUCUCCUUAUCCUCUUUCCUUAUAUACCUCAUCUUCCUUUCCUUCUCUCACCUCACCCCUUCCCUUCCCCUCCUCUUAUGGUCUCUUCUUCACUCUCUCCCUUAUCCACGCUUCCCUCUCCUCCUCCUCCUCCUCUCCCCUUACCCUCCAGCAGACACCCACCCAUCCCUGGCUUCCACACAGAACAGGUGACGUAUGUAAUUAGCACCAGGCAGGUUAUAUGAUUCGUGGUGUAUAUUUAUCUAUUCAGUCCUAUGUGGUGUGUUAUUUGUACUGUUGUUAUUGUUGUUAUAAAAUUGAGUGAAUGGGAAAAAUUAAAGGUUAUUAAUGA